AUGAACGAGUCCACGUCCAAGGCCAGUCUCGCCUCGAGUGGCAAGCCUUCCACAGCGACCAGCUUGAGUCAACGCAAGACUCGGACGGUCAUCGUUGCAAGGCCCAUCGACGAAGAAUCAGCCAAAGUCACGUCAGCCACAUGCAGUGACGUCGUCAACCAACAUCAUUCUCGUGAUGCACGGUCAGGUAAACUAGCCUCCUACGCAGCACUCGGAGGAGCGGAAGACGUCGAGCGGUUCGACCGGUUCUUGGCCGAGCAGCGUGGCCAACCCAGUGCCUCAGAACUGCGAGCAGCAGCGACGUCACCGCAUCAAAUGCUAGCGUCGACCAAGCGGAAGACAACGAGUCGCACUCAGCUGGAAGGAAUCGACAUUAAGACUCAAGAGAUGGAGAACGAUGCACAUAAGCGCCGAGAAGAAGCCGUAGCGCAUCGGAAGUGGCUGAACUCGCUCCCGAUCCACGAACGGGUUUCUCAACAACGGCAACAAAAUGCGCUACGCAAAUGGCGACAGAUGAAUCGAGAUUGGGAGGCUUUUACGAGACGUGCAGCUCGAAGAUUGGGCAAAACUCCUCAAGAGCUUGUCAUGAGUCGAGCGGCGGCCUAUCGAGAGCAGCGAGAGAUGUACGAUGCGCUACAAAAGGCGCGGCCCCUGAGUGACAAAGUGGGCGAGGAUAUCUGGCUCGUGAGCUUAAGGAAUGAAGGGACACGGUAUGUACCCGUUGGCAACAUUUUCAGUGGACUAUUUUGUCCAAUCCGAGAAAGCACCAAAAUUGGUCCUCGAGUCCGACGACCGCUGGACUAUUUUGACAACCAAGAGGACGAAACGUCGCGACCUAUUUCUAAACUCGAGAAAAGGUCUCUAAAUCUCUUGGCACGUAAGAAAUGGCGCCUGCGGAAGCAACUGGAAGUGAUUCAACCACACGAAGUGGAUCAUAGUGCCAGCAGCCAUCUAGCAGUCGGAACAACCGACUUGUUCGCUUGGGCGUCAGGUGACACCGAGCAGGCGAGAGAUGACGAAGAUGAACCAUCUGGUCGUUUCUAUUCGGCGAAAGAAGAGGAAGCUUCACGGCGUCGUAGAUUACGCUCUCUUCGCAUCUCCUACGUUUCCGAUAGUGACGAGGACGUUAACCCAGAGGUGAGUUAUCCGCUUCGUCUGAGCUUUUACACUCGCGUACGCGAACAAGACCAACGCUCUCUAUCAAUUACGAAUGACGGUAGUACGAUCGUCCACUAUCAAUGGUGGCGAGCUCCUUUCGAAGAUGAGAACGCAGAGUUGACGACUCAUUUACGAGGACGUCGAACGCGACAAGAAGAACAAAAGCUGGAGCAGCUGACGACGAUUUCGCUGUCAAAGCUUGGAGGGACGUUGCUACCGGGGGAGAAUAAACAUUUUGUGUUCACGUUUACGGCGUCAACAGCUGGUAUGUUUCUCGAAAAAUGGUUUCUGGACGCAGACCCUCGACCGAGAAUUUGCAUUGGCGUACCCUCAGUCGACGCAGAUACGGAGCUGUUAGUAGCAACGUUACCGGUUGAAGUGCGUCUGAGCUGCGUUGCUGAAGACAACUUUGUAGCCUGGAAGCGACGAGAGAUGCAACUCGCACGUGUGGGACAACAAGAAAGUCACUUCUUUGUGACUACGCUUGUGGAUGAAAUUCUGGAGACAAUACGACUACCGGAACGUGUAGCGUUCGAGGAUUUGUGCGUGAUUGUCACGCACUGUAUGAACGUGCUCAAGGGAUUUUAA